GACGUUUGGCAGCUGGCUCACCUCCUUUAUUAUUUAUGUUUUUUUGCCUUUUCAUAUUUAUUUAUUAACUAAAUAAUUAUUAAUAAUUGGUUUACAUAACUAUUGUAAUUUAACCAAAGCAGUCCGGUGAAUAUGUGGAAAUGCCAUAAGUGCCAGAAGCCGGUUUAUUUCGCUGAAAGAAAACACUCCCUGGGCUACAACUGGCAUCCGGAAUGCUUGCGUUGUGAGGAAUGUGGCAAAAGACUUAACCCAGGACAACAUGCCGAGCACAAAGGAGUACCUUAUUGUCACGUACCUUGUUAUGGAGCUUUAUUUGGUCCUCAGUUAUUCGGUCACGGAACCAGAGUAGAAUCUCACACAAGUUUUGGGAAAAAGGAGUCUCCCAAAUUGAGCAACAAACCUUCUUUACCACGAUCCGCAUUGGAAUCAAAGAUUAAAGUAUACAAUCAAUUCUUUGAAGGAAAAAGUGGUGAAAUUCGUUCUAGAGAAGUUAACGGACGUUUUGUGCUUGAAGGUUCUCUACGUAUUCACUGGGGUGUACAGGGGGUGAUCCAUUUGAAAGAAAACGACGAUCAAAGGACUGUUGUAACUGUAAGAAAACGAAAUUCUUGCAGGGUCAGCAGCAGCCCUGAAUACGACACUGACGAGGAUAUACAAAAUAUAUCCAGAGACACCAGUUUCAAUGACAUAUCUACUUGUUCCACUACUAGUACUGUAGAGCUGAGCAAAUCAGAUACAGGUAUUGAAAGUGGUUCAGAUUCUAUUGAUUCAAGCUUAUCAGAUAGCGAUCCAAACUCUCCAAAAAAUGCAAUGCCAAAAAGUGUAACAUUACCAUCGAAAUUGGAUAUCAAAAAUAUGGAAUGGGAUGAAUUGGAUGAUCUACUUCAAGUUGAACGAAAAGUCGAUGGAAAUGAUAAAUUGUAUCAAACCAUGCCUUUGCCUUUACCAUCACAAAUUAGUACUGACAGUGAUUCAGCUAGUUUGUCUGAUAAUACAAAAAUUGCCUCUUCUGCACAGACAAUUACAGAGGAUUCAGGAACUUUAAAGGCAUCUUUAGAUAAUGGUAUUGUGACUGAUAGUAGCUUGAGUGAGGAUCGAAUACCUCUCUUGACCCGGUCUUUUAGUAAAGAUGACACUUGGAUUUUGAAUAGUAAUAAUUUAAAUAGGUCUAUGUCAGGACCGGAUUGUUUAGAAAGACUAAGAAGAGACAGUCAAUCGCCAGAAUUUGAUAGAUUGAGCAUCACAAGUGCUGAAAUUACAACACAAUCUGAACAAAACAAUGAAGUGGUACUUAGGAGGCCCCAAAAAAGCGGUUCCACAGCUAUAAGAAGAAGGCCAGGCAAGCGAUUAUCAAGAAGCAAGGUGAAAAGACGAUGUUCAAUCAAUGGACAUUUUUAUGAUAGGGAAACAAGUUUUUUCACACCUCCUCAUGGCAGUCAAAUGAGUGUUUGGGUGACAUCCAUGGUCAAUACCCAAGACGUUAUAAAAUUGUUGCUAGAGAAAUACAAAGUUGAGAGCGACUCGAAUCAUUUUGCUCUGUUCAUUAUCAGAGAUAAUGGAGAACAAAGACGUUUAAAAGAUGACGAAUAUCCACUUCUAGCCAGAGUCCUAUUAGGUCCUCACGAAGACGUAUCAAAAUUGUUUCUUAUGGAUAGUUAUAAUACCCAGGAAGUUAGUAGUGAAGUAGCGCAAUUUUUGAAUCUUUCUCUUGUUGAAUGCAGAGCCAUUCUGCACCAGUAUUAUUCGCAAGAGGAAAAGGAGGUGGCAAAAAUCAAAGAAAAGUACUCUGAAAUGAAACAGUGGAUUAAUCAAAGGUUGCAGCUACACUAGGAUUAAAUAUAGUAAAUGUUUUAAUUAAUUAAUUAAUUUCACAUAAAGACUGGAAAAAUAUUAUCACCAUCACAUUAUUCAUAAACCAAUAAAGUUUGGUGGUUUGAAUAAUUCUUAAUGCUUGUUUUAUAGCCCAAAAUAAUAU